UUUUUUUUUUUUUUUUUUUUGUAACCAAGAGGCAAACGGACUGACCAAACAAAUCGCGGAGCACUCAGUAGAGGACAGCCGGGGACGCUCACGCCGCUAUCAGAGAUGUCCCUGCUAUGUGUGGGAGUGAAGAAAGCCAAGCUGGAUGGACCCCAAGAGAAGUUCAACACUUAUGUGACUCUAAAAGUACAAAAUGUGAAGAGCACAACCAUUGCUGUAAGGGGCAACUUGCCCAGCUGGGAGCAAGACUUCAUGUUUGAGAUUAACCGAUUGGACCUGGGUCUGACAGUGGAGGUGUGGAACAAAGGGUUAAUCUGGGACACCAUGGUGGGCACUGUGUGGAUUCCCCUCCGUAGCAUCCGACAGUCAAAUGAGGAGGGUCCAGGAGAGUGGCUCACACUGGAUUCUCAGGUCAUCAUGACUGAUAAUGAGAUCUGUGGCACCAAAGAUCCCACUCUCCACCUGGUGCUGCUCGACACACGCUUUGAACUGCCUCUUGAUAUCCCUGAGGAUGAGGCACGAUACUGGGCCAAAAAACUGGAGCAGCUCAACGCCAUGAGGGACCAAGAUUAUUCCUACCAGGAGGAGCAGGAACGCCCUCUCCGUGUACCAGGAACCCAGUGCUGUAACUGGAGUCUAUGGGGAGACCAACAAAAUGAAGACCCAGACAGUGCUGUGGACGACAGGGACAGCGACUAUCGCAGUGAAACCAGUAAUAGCAUCCCCCCUCCCUACUACAGCACAUCACAGCCCAACGCGUCUGUGCACCAGUAUCCCAUCAGCCACCAGCACCGCAGCUCCAGAAGCUUCUCUUACCCGCGUUCUGGCAACAGCCACGACCUUGAGUACCACAAUCAGAGGACUGUCAGUCCCUCGGGGAGCUAUGCCUCCUCUGCAGAGUUGAGUCGGUGCAGCAGUCAGCUGAGCGAAGAGGACUAUGGUGGUGAGUAUGGAGAGAGGGACCCUUACGAUGAGAACGACUCCUACCACUCCUGCCACUCCUCGGUUAGCUACAGUAAAGGCUCUCCGGACUGGGACCCUGAUGAGACCCAGGGGGCGUUCAGUGAUGAGGGCGGCUACAGCAAAGAUGGAGGAGAGGAAGUGGCUCUGUAUGAGGAAGAUGACGGAGAACUGUAUGAGGGAGAAGAGGAGGGCCUCUAUGAGGAUGAGGAGAUGAUGUAUGAUGAUGAGGAUUUGUACAAUUUGGAUGGGACCCUCAGUGAGGACAUGGAGCCUCCAUUCACCCCCACCCCAACGUCAACUGCCCCCAAAACUCUUGAUGUACCCAGCUCCAGACCUCCUCUCGAGAAACAGCCCUCUUUACACCAACAGCAGCCCCCUACACAACCCCCAAAUCAAACAUCCAAUCAGUCUCAUCCUCCUGGCACGGGCCCAUCAGCACAGCCCCCUUCUGGUCAACCAACAGCCCAGGCACCUAAACAGCUCCAGCCCCAAGCACAGCCUCAGCCCCAGCCGGCCCCGUCUGCCACCUCCUUCUUCUCUAUGGCCAAACCUCUAACGGCUGCAGUCACAGGCUUGGCCUCUACUUUCCUGUCUUCUGUUCCCACCGCCCAGCCUGCCCAGUCUCACCCUCCAGCCUCAUCUGCAUCUCAACAACACCAGUCUGCUGCAGCCAGUGCCGUCCCUCCAUCCCACCCAGCCACCAUGGCUAACUCAGCCUCCCAGCCUCCUUCCACUGCCAUGGGACCUUCCUCUCAACAGACCCCAUCCUCUGAGCAGCCUCAUUCCCAUCUCAGUGGUCCUGUCACCGCUCAGUUUGCUGCCCCUGAGGAUCAGGCUCUCCAGCUGGAGGAAGAGCCAUUGCUAGAAGAAGGACUGAUGUUGACUGAUGAGAAGGAGGCCCGGACACCCCCGGCUCAGCCAGAGGAGAAGCUCCCUAUGGAGGAGACAGAGGAGCAUUUUGAAGCAAGCAAGCCACCAACCCCAGAAGAGGAAAAAGAGAUGCCACCUGAGAGUUUUCCAGUUAUAGAGGAGCCCAGGGAGCCAGUGGAUCCAGCAAUCAGAGCAAAAGAAAACUGGCUGAGGCUCUACAAUAAAGUCCUAGAACAGCUUCGGGAGGCUCGAGGAGAAACCUCCAACUCGCUCUGGUUUGGUAAAGGAGGAAUGGGAGGUGCGCUCUACAGUAUUGACAGCAUGCCUGAUCUUCGCAAGAGGAAAGCCAUUCCUCUUGUCAGAGAUCUGGCAAUGUCUCUGGUGCAGAACUCUCGUAAGGCUGGAAUCACCUCCGCCAUGGCUUCCACCACUCUUGGCAAUGAAGAGUUGAAAAUUCAUGUUUAUAAAAAGACACUGCAGGCCCUGAUCUACCCCAUCUCCUCCACUACUCCGCACAACUUCGAGGUGUGGACGGCCACCACCCCCACCUACUGCUACGAAUGCGAGGGGCUGCUUUGGGGUAUCGCCCGCCAAGGAAUGCGCUGCUCUGAGUGUGGCGUCAAAUGCCACGAGAAGUGCCAGGACCUGCUCAAUGCUGACUGUCUGCAGCGAGCUGCAGAGAAGAGCUCCAAGCACGGUGCCGAGGACCGAACUCAGAACAUUAUCAUGGUCCUGAAGGACCGCAUGAAGAUCAGAGAGAGGAACAAACCAGAAAUCUUUGAACAAAUCCAGGAAGUGUUCAGUCUCGACAAAGCAACACACAGCAUGCACAUGAAACAGAUCAAGCAGAGUGUGCUUGAUGGGACCUCCAAAUGGUCAGCAAAAAUCAGCAUUACUGUGGUAUGUGCUCAGGGCCUGCAGGCUAAAGACAAAACAGGCUCCAGUGAUCCUUAUGUGACUGUUCAAGUUGGUAAGACCAAGAAGAGAACAAAGACGAUUUACGGCAACCUCAACCCUGUCUGGGAAGAAAACUUCCACUUCGAAUGCCACAACUCGUCUGACCGCAUCAAGGUUCGAGUGUGGGACGAAGAUGACGACAUCAAGUCACGUGUAAAACAGAGGUUCAAACGCGAAAGCGAUGACUUCCUGGGUCAAACCAUCAUCGAAGUCCGGACUCUGAGUGGGGAGAUGGACGUCUGGUACAACCUGGACAAGAGAACUGAUAAGUCUGCUGUGUCAGGAGCCAUACGGAUGCACAUAAGUGUGGAGAUCAAAGGAGAGGAGACGGUUGCUCCUUACCAUGUCCAGUACACCUGUCUUCAUGAGCAUCUGUUCCAGUACACCACUGAGAUGCAGAAUGGCGGUGUUGUAAAGAUCCCCGAUGCCAAAGGCGAUGAUGCCUGGAAGGUGUACUUUGAGGAGACUGCUCAGGAGAUAGUGGACGAGUUUGCCAUGAGAUACGGAGUAGAGUCCAUCUAUCAGGCCAUGACACACUUUGCCUGCUUGUCAUCUAAGUACAUGUGCCCUGGAGUGCCAGCCGUGAUGAGCACCCUGCUUGCCAACAUCAACGCUUACUACGCCCACACCACCCAGUCCUCCAACAAUGUUUCUGCCUCGGACAGAUUUGCUGCAUCAAACUUUGGAAAGGAGAGGUUUGUCAAACUGCUGGAUCAGCUGCACAACUCCCUGAGGAUCGACCUGUCCAUGUACCGGAAUAACUUCCCAGCCAGUAGUCCUGAAAGACUACAAGACCUCAAGUCCACAGUCGAUCUCUUGACUAGCAUCACAUUCUUCCGAAUGAAGGUCCAGGAGCUACAGAGUCCCCCCAGGGCGAGCCAGGUGGUGAAGGACUGCGUGAAAGCCUGUCUCAACUCCACCUACGAGUACAUUUUCAACAACUGCCACGACCUCUACAACAGAGAAUAUCAGACAGACCCUUCAAAGGCGGUCCCUCCAGAUGAGCAGGGUCCCAGCAUCAAAAACCUGGACUUCUGGUCCAAACUCAUCACCCUCAUUGUUUCCAUCAUAGAGGAAGACAAAAAUUCCUACACUCCUUGCCUUAAUCAGUUUCCCCAGGAACUGAACGUGGGCAAGAUCAGCGCUGAGGUCAUGUGGAAUAUGUUUGCACAAGAUAUGAAAUACGCCAUGGAGGAACAUGAGAAGAACCGCUUGUGCAAAAGUGCAGAUUAUAUGAACUUGCACUUCAAGGUGAAGUGGUUGUAUAAUGAGUACUGCAAGGACCUGCCCACUUUCCAGAAGCACGUACCCGAAUAUCCAGCCUGGUUUGAGCCAUUCGUCAUCAUGUGGUUGGAUGAGAAUGAAGAAGUGUCCAGAGAUUUUCUACAUGGAGCCCUGGAGAGGGACAAAAAAGACGGGUUCCAGGUCACAUCAGAGCACGCUUUGUUCUCAUGCUCCGUGGUGGAUGUGUUCUCUCAGCUCAAUCAGAGCUUUGAAAUCAUCCGCAAACUGGAGUGUCCCGACCCUCAGAUCGUUGGAAACUACAUGAAGAGAUUCGCCAAGACUAUCGGCAACGUCCUGCUGUCCUAUGCUGACAUCAUUGCAAAAGACUUUCCAAAUCAUGUCAAGAAGGAGAAAGUGCCAUGUAUCAUCAUCAAUAACAUCCAGCAGCUCAGAGUUCAGCUGGAGAAGAUGUUUGAGGCCAUGGGAGGCAAAGAUCUCAAUGUGGAGGCUAGUGACUUCCUCAAGGAGCUGCAGAACAAACUCAACAAUGUCAUGGAUGACCUCAGCCGCAUCUUUGCUGUCAGUUUCCAGCCCCAGAUCGAGGACAAUGUGAGGCAAAUGGGAGAUAUCCUAGCCCAGGUCAAAGGUCAAACAGUCCCGGCCAAUGGCAGUGUGGUCCAGGAGGCCGACAACGUCCUGCAGCCUAUCAUGGACUUCCUGGACAGCAACCUGUCGCUGUUCGCUAAGAUCUGUGAGAAGACAGUCCUGAAGAGAGUCCUGAAGGAGCUGUGGAAACUAGUAAUGAACACGAUGGAAAAAACAAUUGUUCUUCCAACGCUUACUGACCAAACGGGCACUCAGAUGAUCUUCAACGCUGCUAAGGAGUUGGGCCAGCUGUCCAAGCUCAAGGAGCACAUGGGGCGAGAGGAGGCCAAAGCUUUGACUCCUAAGCAGUGUGCAGUAAUAGAGCUGGCACUCGACACUAUUAAGCAAUACUUCCACGCUGGCGGGGUGGGCCUGAAGAAAACAUUCUUGGAGAAGAGUCCAGACCUGCAGUCUCUGCGCUACGCCUUGUCUCUGUACACCCAGGCUACAGACAAGCUCAUCAGGAAGUUUGUCCUCUCACAGAACGCUCAGGUCCAUGGAGGGAAAGGGAUCAGGUACACGGCCAAUGAAGACACACCACCAGAGAAACCGUCUGGAGUGGAUUCAGUUGGUGAGGUGGUCAUGUGUGUGGAUAUUUUGCCCCAGCCUAAUGGAGAGCACAAGAUCAAUGUGAAAGUGGUGGCUGCUAAUGACCUGAAAUGGAAGGCGCAGGGCUUCAGGCCCUUUGUGGAAGUCUACAUCAUCGGUCCUCACCUCAGUGACAAGAAAAGGAAAUUCGCCACCAAGUCCAAGAACAACAGCUGGUCUCCAAAGUUCAACGAAAGCUUCCAGUACUCAUUGGGCACUGAGGUUGGUCCAGAGAGCUACGAGCUGCAGGUGUGUGUCAAGGACUACUGCUUUGCCAGAGAGGACCGCACGGUGGGCAUGGCCGUGCUGCAGGUGAAGGACAUUGCCAGCAAGGGCAGCGUCACCUGCUGGAUGCCGCUGGGCAGACGUGUCCACAUGGACGAGACGGGCCUGACGGUGCUGCGCAUCCUCUCCCAGCGCAACAACGACGACGUGGCCAAGGAGUUUGUCAAGCUCAAGUCGGACCAGCGCUCAGCUGAGGAGGGCCGCAGCUGAGGGGAGGGGGAGGGGGGGGUGUCGGAGGAUACACGUGUGUGCACAAAAACACCACAGACAUCCCCUAUAGACACAGUAUUCUGCACACAUAUAGAACUCACACCUACAUAGACAGACCACCACGUGCAAUACACAAGCACACACAUGCUCUAUUGUACAUACAUCUGCAUACAUUAUGCAACAUUUCCAUUGCAAUGUUAUCAAUGCAAACAUGGAGGAAUAUGUUUAUUUCAAAAAAAUCAUAUUUAAUUCUGAAUAUCUCAAUAGCUCGACUCUCAAUUUAGGGUUAGCCUCACGUUAGCAAGCACUUGUCAGUCGCUCACACAGUGAAAAACCUUUUAUAUGCUGUACAUGUGAUAUCCUGCAGCAGAACAACAACAAAACCAUGUGAAUAGAUUGAGAGCGAUCACUUUGCACUUUUGCUUCUCUGCGUCUUCGGGAGAGCAGUUCUUGCCUAGCUAUGCUCUGUCCGUCUGUCUGUCCGUCAGCUUGCCUGCCUGACUGUGUGUCGUUUUUCCACCCUUCCCUGUUGUUUGCUCUGUGUAGUCCCCGCCCUCCUCCCCAGGUGUGAUGUGUUGUAUUGUAUAAGUUGGAUUUCAGGCACAGAUCUAAGAUCAGAUUCCUUCACGCCCCAUAAAUCCAAGAAGAGAAAAAAACACACACACACACACACACACACCAACCUGACCUUAGAUCAGCGUCCAGGGGCAACAUCACUGCUAGUCUGUCCUGUAAUGUACUAACGUCCUGCAUGUUGACCCCAGGAACACUGUGAUUCACUUUGCUGUAACCGUGAAAGAUGGGUGCCUCCAAUACUUUACCUGUGUGAGCAUGGUGCAUAUAUAACCCCGGUACAAUAAGAUUUUAUAAUUAUGACCUGUCUACCCUUCAUUAUUGUGGAGAAAACACACCGAUGAUGGAGAAAUGCUGAGCCUGAUAUGUGAUGUGUUGAUAGAAGCGGAAGUUGUGGCAACAGUGUGCUUUUGUUUUGUUUGUUUUUUUAAACUUUUCCUGCCUCACAUCACAACAAACAGAGCAAUACCCCAGUGUAUAACACAUCCACACCCCCUAGAGCGCACAUUCACUCCAAAAAGGGCUACGGGAUCGGUGAACUGGGAUGUCAGUCACAUGCUGUCCACGCGUUCGUUGGCAAAUUGACCCACAGCGUUUCCCCUCGUGCCCCUCGUCUACCUGCUCUGCUGUAGACGCGCUCCCGUUCACGACGUCUGAAAAUAAAAUCCACGUGAAGCCGAGGGGAGCCGCACACGUACCCAAACUCACCUCUUGAAGGCAAUAGGGGUUUGUUUGUGUCUUCACUGAACCUCGUGGUUUCUAUGAAGAACAAACCCCUCUGUGAGCGCUGCUGUGUCUCUUGUUUUUGUGUGUGUGCGUGCGCGUGUGUGCUGACAGUCGCACCUGCAAAAUGGGCUCUGAGAUCGUGAGCAAUAUAUCGCAUCUACAUACCUAAAAUGUAUGCGCUGUCAAUAUAAGUGCAGCAGCACCAACUGCAAUAUCCAG